CUUAUUUUUCGCUCUUUCGACUUUUCAGUUUUUUCCAAGGCUGCAAUUAAUUUUCUCGCGCUAUUCUAAGUCCCCCCCCACUGCCUCAACACCCCUCCUACUGACCACAGCACCAGCGCACCAUGAAACAAAAGGAAUUGGAAAGAAGACACACGCCGUGCCCGUCUUUCAUGUCUAACGCGCAUGGCUCUGGGGCAGAUGGAAAUGGAUUUCCAGUCGUAGGCCCGGACCCAGGCCCAAGCCCAGACCCAGACGCAGACCCAGACCCAAGCCCAAACCUCGGUUGGCGACGCGACGCACACAAUUGAUCCCCGACCUCUGGGCCCAGCUAGUGGCAUCGACGAUAUAAAAGCUCGGCCUGUAACUGUUUUUGGGUUUAGAACAAACGCAGCUGCGCACGCGUGCGGACCCUCGCGCAUAACUUAUCUUCAUUUUUUUUAUGGUGUUUUGUGUUAUCGCACAGGAUUCAAGGAUACAAAAAUAUAUAUUCGAUACUCCAGUGUACUAAAAACCUAUCGAAAAUGUGGCAAUACUUAGUGCUCAUCGCCGGAUUUUCGGCUCUGCCCCAGCCCAGCAGCGGCUUCUGGUGGCCCAAGGCGACAACAGAAACACCGCGCACUCAGGUGCUGCAACAGAUUCCGCUCACCUACUUUCGCACCUACACCUACCAGCCACUGACAGGCGGCGCAUUUGGAGUGCCGCUCUUCGGCUUUGGUGCAGCACAGACGCCGCUGCUCUCUGGCCGCCACUAUGAUCCGUACGCGGUGACCAGCUAUGCGGCUGCCCGGCGCCACGAUGCAACCGCAGCCGGCUUUAAGCCGGACGUAACGCCACCUGCUCUGGCGAGCAGCAGCAGUGCGUCGAGUACAACGCCAGCGCCGACCACAACGACGACUACGACAACGACCCCGGCACCAACAACUACAACCACAGCAACAACGACGACCAGCAGUACAACUAGUGCACCACCGACCAGCAGCACCACGGAAACAACAUCCCCACUGCGCUACGCCGCCUACAAUGCCGAGUAUCCGACUUACAAUCGGCGGGUGAACCAUUUGUACAAUGCGCGACCGCAAUAUCCGUAUCCAGAUUACUUUAACUAUCAGCCGCAGAACACGCUGCCGGAGAAGGGCGGCGCGCGCAUUCAGUUCGUGCCCUGCAUGUGUCCAGUCAGCAUGCCCAGCAUGUCGGGUCUGUCCGGUCUGGGACUGAACGGCGCUACCAGCACUGAUCGAGACCGGCCAACAGGCGUGUCCAUUAGCAGCACGUCUGGAGAUGUUGCAUCCGCGGAGCGUAACAUUAUCGCCUUGCAGGCGCGCCACAUUGAUAGUGGUGAAGCUGACUUCGAGGAGGAGGAAGAUGAGCAGGAGCAGGAGGCAGCAGAUGCGUCCGCUGAGGCGGAUGAGGCUGAUGUUGCCGUAGCCGUUCCCACAAAAGUCGCCCCCGAGCCGCAGCAUACCACGCCUGCCGUUGAGUCCAACAGUGUGGUCUAGCCACGCCCGCCGCCCCGCCCAUUAUAGUAUUAACAACGCCUAGACUGAUUUGUGCAACUCUCUUGGGAGACCAGUUCCAACGACAGUUUGGCAUUCCCUCCCCUAACUUAAUGUGCCCUAUUUUUUUUUGUCCAUAAUAAAAUACCACGAAAUAAAUUACAAAGCUCUUAAA